AUGUCGCUCAAACUCGCAAACAGAGAUCCGAUUCCAAUCACUUUACUUUCAGGAUUUUUAGGGGCCGGAAAAACGACAUUAUUAGAGCAUAUCCUUACUUCAAAUCAUGGGUUAAAGAUUGCAGUGGUGAUAAAUGAUAUGGCUUCGGUUAAUAUUGAUGCUGAGUUGAUCUCAAACCAUAAAGUCACAACAGUGAAAGAACAGUUGAUUCAAUUACAAAAUGGUUGUAUUUGUUGCACAUUAAGAGGUGAUUUAUUAGAAGAAUUAGCUUCAUUGGCAAAAGACAAUCAGUUCCAGUAUAUUGUCAUUGAAAGUUCUGGUGCUUCUGAACCUAUGUUGAUUGCUGAAACUUUUACUCAUGAAUACUCUGAAAUGUUAAAACAGUUGUACACAGAUUUACAAAAAUCUCACGAAAAUAAUGAAAUUGUUGGGAAUGUGGUUAAAUUAGGAGGUUUGAGUGCAAUUGCUACUAUUGAUACUUGUGUUACUGUUGUUGAUGCUUUUAAUUUCAUUUCAAAUUUUGAAACUGUGGAAUUUGCUAGAGAUGCAAAUGGGGACGUACCUGAAAAGACACUAAGUGAUUUAAUGGUUGAUCAAUUAGAAUUUGCUAAUGUCAUCAUUAUAAAUAAAGCCUCUGCGGUUAAUGCUGAGACUCAAUACAAAAUCAGGGAGGUUAUCAACAACUUGAACCCAUCAGCAAGGAUCAUAAGUACAGAUUAUUGUCAAAUUGAUGUUUCUCAAAUCUUGAACACCAAAAUGUUUGAUUUCCACCAAGCUAUGCAUUCUUCGGGAUGGUUAAAAUCUUUUGAAGAAGAAAUUGAAAGAAGAAAAGCACCACCAAUCAGACACGAAAGUGAACUAGAAUAUGGUUUGAACAAUUUUGUUUAUAUCUCUAAAAGGCCGUUCCAUCCCGUCAGGCUAUACAAUUUUUUGGUUGACAAAUUCAUCCUCAUUGAAGAUUCAUUCAUCCAUGAAAAUGAUCCAAACUCAAUAAUUAUAAAGAAGAGAAAUUCAGUUUUUGGAUCCGUUGUACGUUCAAAAGGUUUUUUCUGGUUAGCUACAAGAUUUUUAAUGAAAGGUGAAUGGAGUUGUGCAGGUUCAAUGUUAACUUUGAAAAAUGGUAAUCCUUGGUUUUCUAUAAUGGGACAAUAUGACGCUAAAGAGGAUAUUUACAACAAUGGCGAUCUAAUCAGCAGAUUAUUUGCAGAUAGAAGACAAGAGAUUGUAUUCAUUGGGCUAUUCAUGAACAAGAAUGCAAUUAUUCAAGAAUUGGAUAAAUGUUUAGUCAAUGAUCGAGAAUUGAUGGCUAUUGAGAAGAUUGUGUUUGAAGCUUCAAGCUAUAUGGAAAUUGAAAAUAAUUUACAAUUGCUGUUUGAAGAUCCAUUUGAAGAAUGGGGAAUCCAUUUUGGUUCAGGUCCUGUUGAUGUUGAAUACGAAGAAGAUGAAGAUUUAAUGGAUGAAGAGAUGGAUACCCAAACCUAG